CUUAAUAUGAUAUCAUGUGACAAUAUAUAUAUAUAUAUACACGAUAUAUCCUAGAAGAACAAGAUCCUACUAGAACCAAUUGUCUAUGAAUGAUAUGUAUUUGUCGACAGACAAGGAGAAGAGAUGAACGCCGCUGAAAUAUUGGCGCUAACCUUGCCGCUGAUGCUUUCCACAUUCAUUCACAUAUGAUUAAUUAAGAGUGACUGAUUGAUUGAUUAGUUGAUUGAAGAAGCAAGUGACGUGGACGCAGAGCAGUGGGCGAUGGUGGUGAUGAUGGAUCGCUCUUCCUGCCAGGCAGGCCUGACGUCUGAAAGGAGGCUUACAGUCUCCGACCCGACCGAUGCCAUCAUCCACUCGCCCUCCUCCUCGUCCUCCUCCUCCUCCUUCUCCUCCUCCUGCUCCUCCUUGGACCACAAUACUUUCAGCAGGAGUAGCAGGAGUACCGGAGGACAACGAGGAGGAAGAAGAACGUGUGUAGGUCAGUUGAGGAGCCGGGGGGGGAGUAGUAGUAGCAGUAGCAGUAGUACUAGUCCUAGUAGUAGCAGUAGUAGUAGUAGAAGCAGCAGGGUUGGCUGCUCGACCCGACCCCGACGAUUCCGUGUAUCGACUAGGGGGGGCUGUGUGUGUGGUGGUCCCCCCUUCGGCCCCCGAUGGGUCUAUUUGAUUCUCUCAGUUGUGGUUGCGUUGAUGGGGACAAUGCCUCUGCAGAGCGGCAGCAGCAGCAGCGGCAGCAGCGGCCUUGGCUCUCCUAGCUUCUUGUUUGCCUCUGCUACUGCGCAUAAUUACUGUGAGCAGCUCAACUGCGGUUCCAGCUGUCCGAUCAACGAUAACUGCUGUGCUUCAGAGAGCGAAACGGAGGCCUGUUUACGAAGCUGCCCUAGUGUUCCGGAGGUUGACCCUUCUGCCUCACCGAUUUGCUCAAGGGAUUGUCGGCAAUGUCUCAACUUAUCGGCACCGUCUUCAGGUGGUGGGAGUGGCGGGUCGGCGGCAUCGGGAUCGGGAUCGGGAGCGGGAGCGGGAGCGGGGAGAACGACAGGACAAGGGUCGGCGGCGGCGGGGGGGAAUGGGACGGGAUCGGGAUCGGGGAAAACCCUCCCUUCUAGUGGGAAAAAUGACCGCGAGCGUAACCCGAGUAAAUUCCCGAUUAUGGUGGGGGGAAUUAUGGCAGGACUGCUAGCGUUCGGGUUGAUUAUGGCGGCGACGGUGUACGUGUACUAUGUGCAUUUGAAGAAGGACCCGGGGCUGUCGUUGGCUAAUUUAGCGGGAGCGGGAGCGGGAGCGAGCCCGGCGGUGUUGAUGGCUGCACAGCAGCAGCAGCAGCAGCAACGAAGGCGGCAGCAUGGCACACGUCACGUAGGGGGGAGUGGUGGUGGUUCCCGCUCUCAUCAUCAUCCGCAUACUCAUGCUCAUACUCAUCGAGGACCUCGUCGCCAUGGUCAUGCGCGUCAUCCGCCCAUGUGGGCCAGCGGUCGGGCGACCCCGGUCGUCGACCGGUCGCAAGCGAUUCCUCUUUACUCCCGCUCUAACGUGAUUCCCUUGCCGGCGGCGGCCACCGCCUCCACCAGCGUGCAUAUCCCUCUCUACUCUCUCACCGAAUCUCAUCAUCACAUCGGACCCUCUCCCUCCUCCGCUGCUCCCCCUCCCCCUCCUUUGAUGCAUAUCUACCCCAUCUCUGAAUCACUAGGGGGUGUAGGGCGCGCAAUGUCAUCCGCAGAUGGCGGCGGCGCCGCCGCCGCUGCCACCCACCCGGGGGGAGGAGGAUCUGACCGCAAGCCCCCCCCCCCUCAUGACCGCGUUGUCCAUGUCGGCUAUCCCUUGAUGGAUCAUCGCUCGUUCAGCAUUGACGCCUCUGUUGCCUCCAUCGCCUCUACUAACGAGGAUUACGCGUGUAUCGUCUUCAACCUAAUCUUACUGCAAGGUAUGACCAGAUCCUUCAGCACGGACAAUCUGUUGGGCGCGGGAAGGUAUGGCAACACGUUCAGGGGUACGUUGGUUGAUGGCUCGACGGUGGUGGUAAAGAGGAUCACGAGAACGGACGGAUUGACAGAGGGGAUGGACUUCAUAAGGCAGGUGGAAGGUCUGGCGAUGGCGGACGACAUGUGUCUAGCGAAGCUGUGGGGAUGCUGCGUGGAGGCGGGGGAGAGAGCGCUGGUGUACGAGUACAUACCACUCGGCAGCCUCGAGACGAUGCUGCAUGGGAACAAGGAGUGCUAUUUGAAGGAGGCCUGCCAGCCCUUUCGACUGGGAUGGCUGCAGAGGCUGCACAUAGCGACCGCCAUAGCCAAAGCUUUGGACUACUUGCACAGGAAGAAGGAGGCCGGGCCGAGUGGGAUCGUGCAUGGCAACCUCAAGCCGUCGAACAUCUUGAUGGACGAGUACAUGCGGCCCCGACUGAUCGAUUACGGGAUCGCGUUCUUGGCGCUGGAAGGUCGGGGUCUCGACGUGGCGUAUCAUGGCCUGCACAAGACGGAGUACCAGGCUCCUGAUUACCUGCACACGGGCAGGAUCGAAUCGGCGUCGGAUGUGUAUAGCUAUGGGGUCAUCUUGCUGGAGCUGAUCUCUGGCAAGCGGCCGUUCGGUCGAACGGCCGUGUCGUCGGCGGACAGGAAGAGGGAUAGCGUGAUAGGCAUGGCGCGCCGAGCGAUGAAGGAUGAUCUGUCCACCGUCGAUCUCGUCGACAAGGCGAUCGCGAUCGGGACGUACGAGAAGGGAUGUGUGCGGCAGGUGGUGGAGCUCGCUCUCGAGUGUGCCAGCCCAUCAAGACAGACCCGCCCGGCGCUUGAUGUGGUCAUCGAGCGCAUAACGAGGAUAGCCAAAGAAGCGCAGGCGGCGGCGACCGCCUCCGACCUCCAGCAGCAGCAGGUCCAACAGAUUCAUCAUCAACAACAGCAGCUGCAGAUGAUGAGCAUGUCGGGCGAUUUCACACUCUGCAGUCAACAAAGAACUCAGCUUCAACGCCAGCAAACCAAGCACGCCUGCAUUAAUCACUCCGUGUGAGCGAGGAAUCUAUCUUCAUCAUCUAUCGGGGAGAAAUCUUGCAAGGUGAGAGACGGAGGGAUGAUGAUGAUGAUGAUGAUGAUGAUGAUGGAUGAUGGAUGAUGGAUCGAUGAUAUGUGUGAACGGACCCAGGUCGUUAAUUGGUAGGUGCUUUUCUUCUGUUCUGUUGAUUUUUGUGCACAAUGAGCGGCAUGAUGGGCAAACAAAUGCAGUCUGUUGUU